AUGCAUGCUCUGAGUCUGGGAGGACGCAUGACGCCUAAGAACCAUGGGUGCCGCAGCCCAAUGGUGGCUCGUAGAGAUAAAGGAGGGGGUGGUACCCGGGGAAUUCCUGGUGCCAAUGGCAACGCCCGGCUACGUCAAUUCGUUCCCUAUCCCUGUGUCACCGUGGACGUCGGUGGUCCAGAGCCCGGGAAGGUUGCUUUCCUUUCGGCCCUAUUGGACGUGACACGGGUGGUGUUGGCGUCAAGACUCUGGGUGGGUGUGUGGGAUGUCCUUUGUCCCAAGAGGGGGGUUGUUGAAAGUAAUGAUCAAGGUGUCUCUCCAAAAGAGGAAGUGAGGAUUUAA